AUCGGCGAGCCUGCCGUGAGCUCAUGAAGUGACAACCAAGUCAAGAGAGCGCAGUUCCUGAGCAAGCUGAGCAUAUCGUCAGAGCGACGUUUGGAACAGGCGACUCAGGCUGGAAGAGGGGACAUGCUCCUGCCGUCGUCAGGCAACAUUGACAUGCCGAAGAACCAGGAUGGUAGAUGCAGACGUGGCAAGCCUGCGAGAUCGAUAAGGGCGAUCGGCUGUUCUCUAGACGGGAUUGCCGAAACUGUGGAGAGUCGCUAUUUUUAGGUGUGGCUCUCUAUCGACUAUCGCUUUCGGGCCUAUCACUUCGAUUUCGGUCUCGCGCUCGGCACAUAUACGCAAGGAGCACUCGCAGAAUGGUGAGACUAGCCACUGGACUGAUCAUCGCCUCACUCGCAGCGCUCGCCGCUGGUCAAUCACAGUCAGUCGUCUCCAUACGUUCUCCGAGCUUGCCCCGAACAGAUGCAUCCUCAUCUGGAGAGACGUCCACAUCUGUGCCUCGCAUGGGUAGCUCGACGGCGUCCAUCUCGGGCGCGACAGCUUCGAGCGCGACGGUCACUUCCAGGGACGGUAGCACGACCACUGUAGCCAUCACGAGCGGCACGACGACCUCGAGCGAAUCUGUCACGACGCCCAACUCCUCUUCUGGCUCGGCUGAUGCGUCUGUUCUGACGAGCACGCCAACGACGACGUCACUGUCUGGCGCGCCCCAUGCGAUUGAUUUCCGUCUGGACUGGCUCUGUGCUGCUAGCGGCCUCGCUCUGGGCGCCUUCUGGGCUUUCUAGACACCGCACGCCAUUGUGUAGGUGUACAGCCUCGUCAACUGGCGCUGUCUGCCACACUUACCCAACGGGGCAAUCUGUCGCCGUCACAUCGGAGCAUCCUUGCAUCACCGGAGCUCUUAUCAAUGCAUUCUUGCACUCUCUCCACAAGGUCCAGCGUGGGACUGCGAUGGUCAACAGGCGGCGUCUGCUGGCUUGUACUGCAUCCCUUCAGGGAAACAAGCCAACAGGCGCAGUGAUUUGUGAUUCCCAUGCAGAAGUGUGCCAU